AUGUCGUAUAUACAAGAACAGCUUCAAGAAGAUGCAAUUGCAUCCUCAGCUCCAUAUGACAAGGAAGAUGCUACCAAAACCGGGAUCGUUGGCGUUAGCGUUGGCGUUGGCGAUCAGGACAAGGACGAAGAAGAAGCAGUGCCCACGAAUGUGGUGACGAGGGCGAAGCAGAAGUUAUCCGAUAUAUUCACUAUCCUUGCCGCUGGCUUUGCCCUAAUCUCCGAUGGAUAUCAGAAUAACCUCAUGACAAUGACCAACGUCGUCCUGAAAAGAGAAUACCCAGACCAAUACACUGCAACCGUCAGCACGCGAGUCUCCAACGCGCUUUUGGUGGGCGAGAUCAUUGGUAUGCUCGUUAUUGGAUUGACGUGCGACUACCUCGGUCGCAAACGGGCCAUCGUCAUAACCACAAUGAUGAUCGUCGUCGGCGGCAUACUCGCCACGGCUUCACAUGGGAAUACCAUCGCCGGCAUGUUUUGGAUGAUGACUGUUGCUCGUGGGACGAUUGGCUUCGGUGCCGGCGGCGAGUACCCAGCAUCCUCCGUCGCAGCGUCGGAAGCCGCAAAUGAGCACGCCCUCAAACGUCGGGGCCCAACAUUCAUCCUCGUCACGAACCUUCCUUUAUCAUUUGGCGGUCCGUUUGCCGUAAUCAUAUUUCUGAUUGUGUUUUUGGCAUGUCAACAAUCCCAUUACAGUACUGUAUGGCGCGUCUGUUUCGGGAUUGGCUGUAUCUGGCCUUUGUCCGUGUUCUAUUUCCGGAUCCGAAUGCUCAACUCUGUGCUGUAUCGUCGGGGUGCAAUUAAGAAGAGGGUCCCGUAUUCGCUUGUGCUGAGGUAUUAUUGGAAAACGCUGAUUGGGACUUGUGGUGCUUGGUUCCUAUACGAUUUCGUCACAUUCCCCAACGGCAUCUUCUCGGCAACAAUCAUCUCCUCCAUCGUGCCGGACGGCUCCAUUCUCAGGACUGCACAAUGGCAACUCCUGCUCGGCACACUCAGUCUCCCCGGCGUGUUCAUCGGCGCCUGGCUGUGCGACCGUAUAGGUCGGAAACAAACCAUGAUGCUCGGGUUUAGCGGAUACCUCGUCUUUGGUCUGAUAAUAGGCUGCUCAUUCGACAAAAUCACAAAGAUCGUGCCCCUGUUCGUCGUAUUCUACGGUUUGAUGCAGAGUUCCGGCAAUCUCGGGCCGGGGGAUAUGCUCGGUCUGAUCUCGAGUGAGGCCUACGCCACCGCUGUACGGGGUACGUGUUAUGGUAUAUCGGCGGCGGUGGGCAAGGCCGGGGCCGCAAUUGGUACUCAAGCAUUCAAGCCGAUCGAAAUCAACCUGGGGAAGAGGUGGACGUUUAUUGUGGCUGCGAUCUGUGGCGUGGUCGGGAUUAUCGUCACGUACCUCUUUGUGCCGAAUCUGACGGGUGAAAACCUCAAGGAGAAUGAUGAGAGGUUCAGGGCGUAUCUUGUUGCCAAUGGAUGGGAUGGAGAGAUGGGGGAGGAUGAUUUGAAGCCUAUUGCGAAUAAGGGGAUAGCUCCUGCUCGUGUUGAUAAGUCGAGCGGACAAGAGUAG